CUCGUUUUGGCACAAACAUACUUGGCCAAAAAUCAUGGAUGAUGGUGGGCAUGCCUAUGCAAUACGAGAGGGCUUUCGCAUCAAUUGGAUGAACAUGCGUGAUGCAGCCACUGGGCAAGUUAUGUGGGAAAGUGGCGAAUGGGAUUGUGGACAAGAUGAAAUGGAGGCACAGAUACCAUGUGAAAUUUUGAGAUGCAAACAGAUAUCUCGUGAACUCAACUUUUCAUCCCUGGAAGUGCUGACCAGUUUGCGAUUGGUACAAUCGGUGAUUUUCAAAGGCGAACCUUUGGAAGAAUGGAAUUUCCAUUUUGGCUUCGUCAUACCGAAUUCGACAAACACUUGGCAGCAGACCAUUGAGGCUGCUGAAGAGGAAGAAAUGCUGCCGGCCGAAUUACUGUCUGGCAAUGUAGUGAUUGAGACCACAUUCUUUGAUGGGGACUAUCCCAUCAUGACCCAAAGGGUACGAAUAUGGUAUGUGUGAACUGCAACUGUUUAUAUCAUAUGGACUGUGAGUCUAUGAGUGAUGGAAAUCACCCAGCAACAUGGUCGGCGAACGGAAAUUCAAA